AUGAAGCGCUCCAAGCGACAGGGCAACGGCGCGACGAGCACACAGCACGAAAAGAAACGGUCCACGCACGCUAAGGGCUCGUCGGACGCAGGCCAGGUGUCAGUCCCGUGCACACUGCUGGACCAGUCAGAUCGUCUGAUCAGCUUGCGCGAGAAAUACACCAGCGCAGAACCUUUUUCACAUAUCCAGCUGCGCGAAGUUUUUGAUGAGGUUUUUCUUAAUGCAGUGCGUAACGAGAUCAUUAGCAACUGUACCGGAUCUUUGAAAGAAACCGAUAUUUACAAAGUCUAUCAAACGGGAGAGCUCCGUAAUCUCGACGCCCUCAGCACUGAAGAGCAGCGACGUCUGCGCAACCUGCGGGUCCUCCGGGAUAUACUCUAUUCAGAGCGCUUCCGAAAAUUUUUGAUGGCGCUUACCGGUUGCUGUGAUGAGUCGUGUGGCGAAUGCCUCGACGGGGAUCUCAUCGAUUGCUCGAUCAACGUGUACACGAGAGGAUGCCAUCUGCUCUGCCACGACGACGCCAUCGGGACGCGACGUCUGAGCUAUAUCCUGUAUUUGACGGAACCGGAGCAUACAUGGACGCAGGAAGAUGGCGGAUCCCUGCAGUUGUUUCGGCUUCGAGAUGGGAAACCGGUUCAGGGCGCGAUACCAGAGCCGGAGAACUACUCGCACACUUCGCUGUUGCCGGAGUGGAACACGCUAGCAGUUUUCCAGGUAUUACCGGGGCGCAGUUUUCACGCGGUAGAGGAGGUGCGCACGGACGAGAUGCCACGCCUAAGCAUCAGUGGUUGGUACCAUGUCCGCGCGCCCGACGAUAAGACUCCAGUGGACCCGGCGGCAUCGUUGAGGCAGCUGCAGACGGGCGCCCAUAGACCGUUUUUGCCGCUGUCGGCCGAGUUGUCAGCGUCUUGUGCUGUGCUAUCUCAGGGGUCAGAUCGCGCCCGGACGCUGCUAGAUGCGGCGCUCUCCACUGCUGAACUGGAGUAUUUGCGCACCUACAUACAGCCAGUGUAUUUUGAGGACGCCCACGUGCGAGCUAUUCGGAAACGAUUUCGCCGCGAAAGCAGCGUUCAACUGCAUGAUUUUCUGAAAAUUAGCGGAGAGGCCUCGGCGCUGGUGGCAGCUUUGCAUGAGACCGAUAGCGACGCUCGAGUCAGAUGGCAACGACUUGCAGCUGGCGGCGAAAGCAGUGACGAUCCGUCUGGGUGGCGAACCGUUGGCCCGCCACACCGCCAGCGAUAUCUGGAGUAUCAGGGAUAUCUGGAUUCUGGGCCGCCUGUUUCGAUUCUAGAGGGAACCCUGAAUUGUUUCCAGGCACUCUUUGCAUCUCGAAGCAUGGCUCGCUUCCUCAUGGUCCUGACUGGCUUGGAUGCCUCAUACGGGCGUAUUCGGGGGUAUCGUUGCAACAUCCGCCGAUUCCGACCGGGACUCGACUACACACUAGCAACCUAUGAGACGCUGGUGCCGCGGACAGAGCCCUGCCUUCUUGACGCAACGCUCUGCUUCGUCGACGACCGAGAGCAGGACAGUGCGGAAGCUUGGCGGAGCGGCGAGUGUGGCGGCUAUGAAUGCUACAUGGAUAGUGGCGACGGAGACGGUGACCCCAGCGUUUAUCGAGAUGUCGACGAUGCAGAUGACGCUAACGGGAACGCGAACCAACUGCUGAAUCUACCACCGGUAUCGAAUGCCUUGAGCCUAGUCCUUCGGGAUCACGACGUUUUGCGAUUCGUCAAAUACGUCACUGCCGCUGCUCCGAGCAGCCGCCUCGAUCUCGCAUUUGAGUAUGCAUUAGCGGAAGAGCACAAUGGCAAGGCGUCCCAGUAA